AUGGCGUUCGAUAAGCAAGAACCCGCGCCGGACAUCACCGUCUCGGAGACUCCAAAAUGUUCAAAUUCGCAAGAGCGGAUCAACGCCACAUGCCAAACGGAGGCGGGAUGCUCGACGCAAGACAACCCCGAGGCCCAUGAUGCCCAAGAUGCGGCUUCAUCGGCGGAAAAGAAGACAUCGGCCAGCAAGACGAAGUACGGGAACAUUGUCUUCUACCUCAAGAACCCAAUGCAACUCGACCACACGUCGUGCUCACCGUCCGUGGUCGUCAAUACAAUUCCUUGGCGCAUCAUGGCGGUACCAAAGGAACAAGCAGCUGACGGGAAGGUCGAGCAGUCGUUCGGGAUCUACAUUCAAUGCUGUCCGAAGGAUACAUAUGACGAUCGUUGGUCAUGCCGCGCGACUACCGAGCUCAUCGUCCACCACUCCGCGAAAGACAUCGUCCGCAGGAAUGAGCACGACUACAAUUCUAAUGAAAACGAUUGGGGCUACGCAAAUUUCAUCACUAUGGCCAACCUGCACCGGGACAAGGACAAGCUGCUGCAAGACGGCAAACUGAAAAUCGAGGCGCGCAUCUGGGCCGAGCCGCCAAAAAUGAAGUCGUACGAUGAAUUUGUAAAGGACCUGGAGCAGUGGCACGGCAUCGCCCAACUUCACAUCAACAACAAGCGCUUCGACAAGGCAAACGAGGCCAAUCAGCGGGCCACUGAAAUGAACAAGGGACGCGUCGCCAACAUUCAGCGAAAGCUUGAAGCCCAGCGCAAAGAGAUCCUGACGUUGAGUGUCUUGCAUGGGAUAGAAAGAAUUCAACAAGCCCCGGCCGAGCAAACCAAGAUGGAUCGAGCCGCGAUACGCGCCGCCAUCGGCAACUACUCGUGCGGCGAGACGUGUCGUCACAACAAGAAGGGGCGUUGCAUCGCCGCCGCCAAGCGUGGACCCAAGCCGCCGGCUCGCUCCAAUCCACCUCGCUCACCCGCUUCGCCCUCCCCCACUACAGAGGUGAGGAAUGCCCAUAGCAGCCGCUCGACGCUGGACGAAGACUCACAGCCGCAUACGCCCGCCUCGGAAACACCUUCGGGUUCAGUUACCGAAGAUGAGGACAACGCGCAGCCAGGGCCCGCUGGAGCCUAUUGUGCUGUAUGCAAGUCGCGCGAAAAGAUCCCGGUGCCGAGCGACAAGGAGCGUCCGAUCGAGGAAUACGCUGAUGAGGAAGACUAUGAAGCGGACAGUCAAUCGGAAGGGCCAAUCGAUCGUCAUGGGGAGUCGCCGGUGCAUGUCUGCGCGCACAACCGAGGAUUGAGCAGCUUCGCCAAGCAGGUGUCGGCGGUCGGAGCCCGAUUCCACCAAGUGCUCGCCCAGUUGACGGACGCUGCUAGCGCUCGACAUUUCCUGCCCACUGAUGCGGAUUCGAGAGACGUAGGGUCAUCCUCGUUGCAAAAGAAGUUUGCACGUCAGACGAAGGGCACAGCGCAAGCACCCGCGCGACUCGAGGAUUGCCAGCGUCUGCUCAGCUUCAUCUACGACAGCGUUGAGGAGACUUCUAUGCUGGUCGAAGGCUUGAAGGACGUGAACGCAAGGCAAAUCACAACUCACUUGCUGACGAAGCUGCGCCGAGCUUGUAUCGAGGAGAAACAGCCGCCGGCUCCACCCCAGCCUGAGCCCGUUCCGAAGCCCGAAAUGGAGGAGAAUGUCAUGGACGACCUGCGAACAAAGCUCGACGUGACGAUGAAGCAGCUCCGCGAGAAGACGAAAGAAAACAAGACGCUGGAAAAGCAGCUGGCCCGCGCGCAAGCGGAAUGCAAGAAGCACCAACAGGCCGAAACGGAGAACAGUGAGAGGGCCAAAAACAUGAAGCGUGAGCUCGACCAACUGAAGAAGCGGCACGCCGAGGAGAUGAAGGCCACAAAGUCGGAGGCCGCCAUUCGCCAGGAGGAGCUGGCCCGCUCCAACUUGCUUUUGGAAAAGCUGAAGCGGGACAACGAAACCCGCCGUGCCGAGGAUGAGACCAAGUACAACGCGGUGGCCAAGCAACUCCACGAAUCGCAGCGUCGCCAGAAGGACUGGGAGCAGAAAUGGUCGCAGGGUGCCGACAAGCUCGCCGAAGCGCGCCAUUCCCUGCAGCAUGCUCUAGGUCGCGUACGCCAAGCAGAGGUGGCUGCUAUCAAGGCCCGAUUCGAGGCCACAAUCCGCUUGUACGAAGAGCUGCUCCAGGAUGCACUUUCAGAGUUGGCGGAGCUCGAUCAGUACGCGAAAGGGCUGACGGUGGGCAGCGGCCGGCCACAGGAGUGGAUUUCGACGCUCGAGCAGUCGUUAAGCGAUUGGAAGGUCUACACGGAAGCCCUCGGCGAGGCGGUUACCAAGCUGAAGAACGAGGCCGCGAAGCUCUUGAAAGGAGCCGAAUCGGGAGUGGCAUGUAUUGACAAGUACGUGCUGACGCCACCAACUACCCUGCCAAAACGCCCGCGCAUUUUCCGACCGGCGCCGCCAAAUUUUGGAGCCAUUGGUGAGGAUCGCCCGAGCUCUCGCUCCAAGGAUCGUAUCGAGCCGCAGACGCCUAUUCGCCCGAAUCCGGCACUGCCUCCUAUUGGCACCCGUCCCUUGGCCACUGUGGCACCGCGCAGCCUGCUCGACCCCGAGGAGUAUGGAGAGCCGACAAUCGAUCUGAGCUUCCGCGUUCGAUCGCCACUGGACGACAUCUGGGCCCCGUACCAACCGCCACUGCCGCCACCUCCACAGGAUUUCGCGUGGCCGCCCGCUUUCAAGAGCGCAUCGUCGCAACUCGGGAAUGGCUUUGGGGUCCUUCCGACGCCCGGUAUCGCACCAAUCCAGCGCCCGUCAUCCCGCAACGCGCCCGGCGGACCGCUG